CAAGUAUCCUACACCCUUCUUCUGCGAAGGAUUGCGCUCCCAGAAAAAAAACCGAUCGGGAGAGAGAGCGAGAGAGAGAGAUGGGGUGGAAGUGGGUGGACGAUGAGGAGCCCUCGAAGAUCGUCUCCUCGGGGAGAGGUUUCGGCGAUGUGGGAGAGGUCGUAAACCCUAACCCUAGGUCGAGGGAGGAGGAUCAUUGCUCGACAAGGAGGGUAGUUCGAUCGAGGUGUAGGACGGAGGAGGUGGAGCCGGGGAGAUUCAUCAAGAAGUGCGAGAGGACCCAGGAAACCCUCAGAGAUUGCAUCGGAAGGCCUGCAGAAGUGGUGGAAUCAGAAACGGAGCACUCCGAAGAAGAUGUCACAGAUGAAGUGAAAAGAGGUUCAUUCUCUUUGGAGUCUCCAACCAUCGUACCUUUCCCCUUUCCCGGACUUCAAAGCGACAUCGAAGCUCUCGAACGAGGCUUCUUUGGUGGUCUGAGUAACUUCCUAGAGGAAGCUGAGCGGAUGACGAGCGAAUUCUUCAAAUCUUUCGGAGUCCCCUCAUCCUGCGAAAGGGAAACAUCACCUUUCGGUCAACGGAGACAACUCGAGAAAGAAAACCCUACAAAUCCGACCGAGCCAGAGUCGCCGCCUUAUUCAGAAUUUGCUAGCCAGGUUAGAGAAGUAUGAAAAAGUGCUCUUUCUACCGCCCUGGGUGUAUUUACACAUUAGGGACUUGGAAGCUCUUGGCUUUGGUUUCUUUCAUUGAACUAGCAGUUUUUAUCUUAAGUACCCAAUGUUUGGUUUGUAUUAUUCCCACUAUAUGCAACUGACCUGUAGCAGUUUAAUCAAGCCGUAUUUUGUAUGAUCCGGAGAACGGUCGACCAAUCGGUCUGUUGGAGCAUGCCUCAUGUAGGGAUGCAAAUGGAUCUGUGUUGAUGGAGCUUCCAUCCUAAUCUACCGUAAAUGGUACAGUAAGUGGGGCCCAAAUUUUUCUUAAAAAAUAUUUCUUUCUAAA